AUGAGCAAGUUCGGUGCCAUGAUCAUGGGCCCCGCGGGGGCGGGCAAGUCUACCUUUUGCGCCGCCCUCAUAACCCAUCUCCAGCUCAACCGCCGCUCCGCCUUCUACGUAAACCUCGACCCCGCCGCCGAAACAUUCGAGCACACGCCCGACCUGGACAUCAAGGAGCUCAUCUCACUCAAAGACGCCAUGGAGGAAGUCGGCCUCGGCCCCAACGGCGGCCUAAUAUACUGCUUCGAGUUCCUCAUGGAGAAUCUGGACUGGCUCACCGAGGCGCUCGACAACUUGACGGAAGAGUACCUCAUCAUCAUCGACAUGCCCGGCCAGAUCGAGCUGUACACCCACAUCCCCAUCCUGCCCACACUCAUGAAAUAUCUCUCGCAACCGGGAUCGCUGGACAUCCGCAUGGCAGCCGUGUACCUCCUCGAAGCGACCUUUGUCGUCGACCGCGCCAAGUUCUUCGCUGGAACGCUCAGCGCCAUGAGCGCCAUGCUCAUGCUUGAAGUCCCCCACAUCAACGUCCUGUCCAAAAUGGACCUUGUAAAGGACCAAGUCAAGAAGAAGGAUCUGAAGCGCUUCCUCACACCGGACAUGGGCCUCCUGGAAGACGACCCCAUGGAACGCGCAAGGCGAGUCACCGGCCCUUCCGAAGAGGACGACGAGUCGCGACGACCAGAUGAAAGCGAGCAAAUUAUGAAGGGCGCCAGUUUCCGACGGCUGAACCGCGCCGUAGCAGGACUGAUUGAAAGCUUCAGCAUGAUCAACUAUCUCAAACUAGAUGUGACAAACGAGGACAGCGUAGGCGCCAUCCUAAGCUACAUAGACGACUGUAUCCAGUUCCACGAGGCGCAGGAUCCGCACGAACCAAACGACGAAGACGAGCCCGAUGACCAGGAGUAG